GUGACUGGAGGUUAUCGCAGCCUUUGCUCGGCACACUAUGGAGCAGCCGCGCAUUUGCCCAGUCAAUUCCGAGCCGGGAUGGUAUUUGUCGGCUCAGGAUCUGGAAGACGGAGCCCCGCUCCUCUCGCCCCCGGACACGCAUCUUAAAGCUUCACUGGAAGUGCCCUAUUACCACAGAUGCAAAUAAUGCAACAGAGAUCCUCUCCACUUUAUAUUGUUCCAACCUGUCCAGGUAUCACUGAAUCAUGUAUCAACUGGCACCUCCUUUGGCUUUUCUGUAUUUAAUUUAAUGAAUGCUAUCAUGGGAAGUGGAAUUCUUGGUUUGGCAUAUGUCAUGUCCAAGACAGGAAUCAUUGGAUUCAGUAUGCUGAUGUUAAUCGUUGCUACCCUUGCAUCUUAUUCUAUAUUUCUGUUGCUUACUAUGUGCAUUUACACUGCUGUCACGUCUUAUGAGGAUCUUGGUCUCUUUGCAUUUGGUUCCCCAGGGAAGGUUAUUGUGGCCAGUACAAUCAUUAUACAGAACAUUGGAGCUAUGUCUUCUUAUCUUUAUGUUCUUAAAUCCGAACUUCCUGGUGCUAUUGCAGGACUUCUGAAUGGAGACCAUAGUGGUUCUUGGUAUCUAGAUGGAAGAUUACUGCUGCUGAUUACCUCAGUUUGUAUCGUCUUCCCUCUAGCACUUCUUCCUAAAAUUGGCUUUCUUGGCUACACAAGUAGUUUAUCAUUUUUCUUUAUGGUGUACUUUGCUCUUGUGAUAAUAAUUAAAAAGUGGUCAAUUCCUUGUCCUCUGCCACUAAACUUUGCCUCAGGAUUCUUCCAGGUUUCAAACUCUACUGGAGACUGUAAUGCACAACUUUUUAAUUUCUCCAAAGAGACUGCUUAUGCCAUUCCAACUAUGGCUUUCUCAUUUCUCUGCCAUACAUCAGUACUGCCAAUUUAUUGUGAGCUCCAAAGUCCAUCCAAAAGCAGGAUGCAAAAGGUUGCCAACACAGGAAUUGCACUCAGCUUUCUAGUUUAUUUUCUGUCAGCGCUAUUUGGAUACCUCACUUUUUACAACCACGUGGAUUCAGAAUUGCUCCAAGGAUACAGCAAGUACUUGCCCCGUGAUACAGUUGUCAUGACAGUAAAAUUGGGAAUCUUAUUUGCUGUGCUGUUGACAGUGCCUCUAAUUCACUUUCCUGCCAGAAAAGCUGUAAUGAUGAUAUUUUUUUCACAUCUUCCUUUCUCCCUAAUCCACCACAUUUUCAUCACUUUAGUACUAAAUGCAAUUGUUGUCUUGCUCGCAAUGUAUGUGCCUGACAUCAGACAACUUUUUGGAGUAGUUGGGUCUACCACUUCAACUUGCUUGCUCUUUGUAUACCCUGGACUAUUUUAUCUUAAGAUUAGUACAGAGGACUUUAUAUCAUGGCAAAAACUUGGGGCAUGUGCCCUGCUACUUUUCGGCCUCCUUGUUGGUCUUCUCAGUUUAUCUGUAAUCAUAUACAGUUGGGUCCACCAUUGAAAGUAUUCCUGCGUUCCAAAAUCUAAAAUUGUACAUAAGAACAGCUGCUAAAAUGAAUAAUUUCCAGUGUUUUAAAUAAAAUUAUCCUGCCAAGUGCUGAAGAGAGUUGAGUGAUGGCAUUCUACAGAACUCUGUGUUACUUUGCAUACUAACAACUACUUGAUAUAGCUGGAAUUAAUUCAGAGCUCUAGAAUGAAAUGCUCUCAUUAUUUGAUGACAUUCUGCUCUACUGUAUCUUACCGUCUAGUACUAAAAAAAACCACCUUAUUGUUGUCUAAUCUUGAUCAUCGCCUGAAUAAGGAAUACAAAGGUGAAAUUUAAUCCAGACAGGUGAAAGGUAAUGUUGGUAAGGAAAAAAAAUUAAGGUGAUUAAAGUGAAGCUGGUUCUGAAUGGGUGGUGGCGCACUUUUUGAGUGAGCAUAUUUGCAGUUUUGGAGUGGCAAUUGACCACUCUCUGUUACUGGAUUUGCAGAUGGCAAUAGUGGAAAGGAACAUGUUUGCCCAAUGGCAAGCUGCAAUCCUUCCUGAGCCGGUUAUCUAUAAUGAGAAUGAUCCGUGCCUUGGUUCUGUGGAACUACCCAUGAAAAAUACCCAAAAAUGGCAAUUUGUAAAAUGCAGCAGUCAGGCUGCUGAUUGGAGCAAGGUUCAGGGUCAUAUGGUACCUGUAUUGAUUUCUCUGCCUCCAAGGUAGAAUUUAAGAUGUGUUACCAGAAUUCAGAAUCUGUCUAGCACAGGGUCCAGCAGUGAGAUCUAGCUGUAUGCACAGAUGUCUCCAAUUUAAAAAGAACUUCCUCUGGUUUAGUAUCAUAGAAGAUCCAUUGUAGGAAAUUCAGUUUAUAGGUCUGAUGGAGCUGUAUUAUAUGGCUAUGUGAGAGAAGUACCCAUUAUACUGGAGUGCACAUAUUCUCAUACAGCAGCUUCUGUACAAACUAACUCUUAAUGUACAUGAAUUGGGAAUUAAUUCUUUCUUGUCUCAGUGUAGUGUUGAUCUGGCUGCUGUUGUCAUUUCUUGACUUUCUAAAGCCCUGAAUGAAAGGUAUAGUGCUUAAGGGUACCAGACUAGAAAUCAGUAAGAUCACAGGUUCUAACUCUGUCUUAGGCACAAAGCUGGCUGGGUGACUUUGAGCCAGUCACUAUCUCUUGGCAUUAUCAGUCUCAGUAUUGCUUGGCCCUGCAAGCAGUAGCUAGUGUAGUUAUAUGAGGAACCACAGGGCAUAAUAUUGUUUACAUUAUAUUGUUUAUUUCAAGUCUUUGCUGUGAUAAUAAAACUAACCAGAGAUGGAAGGUCUCUCAUAGCUCAGUCACAGUUUGUACUACUGCAACUGCCUGCCUUUCUGGUAGAUCCUGGUAGACAGGAAUCAUGACCGUAUGAGCUUGUUCUACUUUAUUACAAAGUCACAUUAACAGAAUCUUGCAAGUCUGAUAAUACAAAUCUCUUACCGUGUUUUUAAUAGCACAAGAAUUUAGGGAUGUAAUAUUACGGGACUAUUGUGGCUCCCGCCCCCGAACCUGGCCCCAUGCCCGAAAGUGUCUUGGAGCCGGGCCUGCUGCCAAAAAAUGACUCGGAGCCGGGCCUGCUGCCAGAAAGUGAUUUGGACAGUGAGGGGGAAGGGCUAUCAGGACUUACCUCGGAAGCACCAGCCUCCCUGGAUCAGCUCCAGGAGCCAGAAGCAGGCCAAGCGAAAGGGAUCUCCUGACUCUUCCCCACCCCCAGGCCACGCCUGCAGACCCAGCUGACAGCAAUCAGGCUUGGCUCAAUCCCAGGUUUCGUAGGCAGGAGAGAAGAGAACAACAGAAGCAGGGGAGGGGCAGGCCUAGGAAGUGCUGAGUCAUGGAGCCACACCCCACAGGAUAUAAAAGGCAGCAAGAGCUGGUGUGUCUCUUUGUAUCAGGCAAAUCCACAGAUUGACUAGAGCUGAAGGUUGUGACUCACCAGCGUCUUGGCAGCCAACGAGGGCUCUUGGCAGACACUGGCUCUUUUGCUGCCAGAGCUGAUAAGAGCCGGCUAAUUAAGCCAUCGUUCGGACGGAGGCGAGGAGGACAUAACAGAGACCCUGGAAUGCCUUCUUUGUUACUACUACUGCCUCUCUCCAAGCCCUACAAGGUCCUUGAGGGAAACCAUAAAGACCUGGUUCCUCCAGCAGGCUGAGCCAUAGGGCCAGUGGUAUGCCAUUACUAAUUUAAUUUUUUGUGUAGGUGGCGCAAUGUAGUUAGAAUGCAGUGCUGCAGGGUAACCCUGCCCACAGUCUGGAGUUUGAUCCUGACUGGCUCAAGAUUGAUUCAGCUUUCCAUCCUUCCUAGCUCAAUAAAUAAGGGCUCAUAUUGUUGGGGGCAAUAUUCUGAUAUUGUAAACCAUUCAGAUAGUGCUGUAAAACACUAUGGAGCAGUAUACAAAUUUAAGUGUUACUGCUAUUGUAUUUCUGGAAAGCUAUUUAUAACUUAGCUCUUUUUUUUACUGUUAUAUUGUAUUUUUAAUUUGUCCUACAUGUUGCCUUACGUAAUUUGAUGAUUUGGCAACCUUAGAAAUCCAAUAAAUAAGUAAAAUUAAAAUUGUAGCUGGGAGAAAUAGUCUGUGUAUUGUUGCUGUGCAUUAGUGAAUAAUCCUCUAUUGGGGAACAAAUGUGGAAAGGUUAUGGCUAAAAUCCAACAAGACAGGUGGUCUUUUGAGAACAUUUUGUUGAAACUGAUUGAAAUGUUGCUGCACCUGCUCCUGUCAGUUUUACAGAAACAGCUUGCAGAGCUCCGCCAUCCUCCUUCCUUGUAGAAAACUUGGAUUCGCAAAAGGACGCCUGGCCUAGUCUAAGUUUAAUUAAAGCUGCCGUUCAAGACAAUUUACACUUCAGUAGAAAGUGAGAAAUAGUUACUGUGCCUAUCAACAUGUUCUGACUUUGCAAACUGAACUCUUAAGACAUCCAUCAUUUUUAUACUUUAUACUUUAUCAUAUUUAAACAUAAAAAUCAUGAAUUAAUAAUAUGAUAAAAGUUAAGUUCCUUUCAAGUACAAACGUGCAUUAAGAAAUCUCCAUUGUAAGAAGCUUCUGUAAUGUCUACAAGAACCUAAUUCAAACCAUAUGAAUAUAAUUUGGUAAAGCCAUUUCAUGCAGCUGUAUCUUCUUAAAAAUCUAAAUGUGAUUGUGUUUGGAGAAGGGAAUGUUACUGGUUAGUAACCACCACUGCUUUCUAAAAAUCUUUUUUUUUUAAACAAGGUGGAAUUUAGACAUAUUCUCCAUGGUAUGUGGAGUCCCUGUCAUAACAGAAGUUUCCAUACAAGAACUCUUUAUAUAAAUUCUGCCUGGAAGCAGAAAAGUAGCCAGCUUGAUCUGUUUUGACAUCAGAUGCUUAAAAAAAAGAAUCAUGUGUCAUGUUAGGACUGACAUGUUAUAGAAAGUGAUGAACAUCUGAAAUACUGAGCAUUUUUUGACCCUGAUUGCUGAAUUAUUGUCAUGUGGUGCCAUUUCCAAAAUGGCUGUCUCUGAGGAAAUGGCCACUCAUAACCCACCUGGCAAAGUCUGGAGCCCAAGAAACUGUUAACUCACCCAGAACAACUCUCCUACACCUGACUCAAAUGCCCGGGGAACAGCUAGUUCUUCAAUCAGCAAAAAUGUUGGAAAAUGAAUUGUUAAUACAGGUAGUCUUCAACUUAAACACUAAACAGUUUGUUUAGUAACCAACAGCACUAAAAAAAAAAACGACUUAUGACCAUUUUUCAUACUUAUGACCAUUGUAGCAUCCCCACGGUCACGUGAAUAAAGUUCAGAUGCUUGGCAACUGACUCAUAUUUAUGACAGUGGCAGUGUCCCAGGGUCAUGUGUUCCCCUUUUGCGACCUUCUGACAAGCAAAUUCAAAGGGGAAACCAGAGUCACUUAACAAUUGUAUUAUUAAUUUAACAACAGCAGUGAUUCACUUAACAAAUGUGUUAAGAAAAGUUAUAAAAUGGGGCAUAACUCACUUAUCAAAUUUAUCACUUAAUAACAUAAAUUUUGGGCUCAGUUAUGGUUGUAAGUCAUGGUCUAUUUUUUAUUUUAUUUAUUUAUUAAUUUUUGUCACACAGUAUAUAUAAGCAUAAGCAUGUAAUAACUAUACAAUAUAUAAAUAUAUAUAUAAGUAUGAGUAUGUAAUAACUAUAUUAAUUGGAUAUAACGAAAGGAAACAAUAGGACGGGAACGGUAGGCACGCUUGUGCUCUUAUGCACGCCCCUUCCAGACCUCUUAGGAAUGGGGUGUGGUCAAUAGUAGACAGUUUUUGGUUGAAGCUUUGAGGCUUCAACCAAAAACUUAUUUUACUUAUUUAAUAAAAAUAAAUAUUUAAUAUUUAAUAAAAAUAAAAAACUUAUUUAAUAAAAAAUUAUUCUACGUAAUAAGCCUCCCUUUAUAUUAAAAAUUAUUCACGGGAGUUAAUGAAAAAAAUGCGAUAAUUAAAGAGUAGCAAAGCAGAAAGAACAAGUGUAAAGUGAUAAAAGGAAAAUAUCCUUUCUAUGUAGAGUUUUAAUCAGUUAUUAAAAACGCAGAUUUGUCAAUGUUUUUUGGAAGGCUGGAUAUGAAGCAGCUGAAGAACUUGGGAUUAGGUUCUAGCACCUUGAUAGAAAAGGGCUUUUAUUCUAGCUGGAAUAAUUAUGUACCAGUAGAAGAACCUAGAACAAGUGUUCAACAUUUUCUUACCUGGAGUAGUAGGUUAGGUCAGAAGUAUUGCUACCACUUGUACAAGUCAUUUGAAUUUUUUAAAAAAAUCUAUUUGAUUAAGGUAAUUAUCUCAGAUUGCAUCUGAGCUACUCCUAAGUAGAGUGUUAGGAAUCUUACAAACUGCAAAGGAUGGUUAUGUGAUGAAGGUGAGGGAAAUACUCUAAUUUGCAUUUCUAUUACAUUUGUACCAGAAUAGCCUGCAAGUUUAGUUUUGCCUUCAACAUAACUUGGCAAAUGUGAUAUUAUUUGUGGAAUAAAAUCAACAAAAUAAUGCUCUUUAUUUUCUAAAUUUCCAAUUAUGCUAACGGCUGAGGGGACCUUUUUUUUGUCUUUUUUUUUGUAAAUUUGAUGCUCAAAGGAAGUAAGUUUCUCAAGAAAAUAGUUUAAUGUAAAAUUAUGAAAUUAAACCACAGGCCGGGUUAUGACAAGAAUUUGGAGUUAGGAGCUCCUCAUUAUUUCCAGAUGGACGGAUAGAGUUUAAUUCUGGCUGAAAGCUUACAAAAGCAACAUUGCCUUCUGAGCACUUCUGCCUAUGUGCUAAGCUUCUCACCAAGAGAAGAAACUUCCUGCCCCACGUCUGCUCCAGCAUUGUUCAGUUCCAAACCAAUUGACCCAUUUCCCUGUAGAGUUUAUGCUGUCUACCAGCAUUCUAUACUGACGUUUUUCUUUCACCACUUGGAAUGUUCAUAAACUAGUUAUGGUCUAAAAUACUAAAAAUAUAUGCAAAAAUAUAUAUGUUUUGCAUUUGCCAUAAAUAUAUGGCAGCCUAGUUCAACUCAAUAUUUCAGUCCUUCGCUGCCUUUUGCCUAAUUAGUUCCUCUUUGCUGCAUAGACACACUUGUGUUCCUACUAUUUUUUUUUAUUUCUUUCCUUUCCUUUCUGAUCUGAUAUUUGUGUUUUCUUUGUUCUAUCCUCCCCUCCCAACUCUUUCAUAAUGUACGUUCAUAGGACGUGAAGCCUGUUAUAAAAAAGUUAAUAUAGUUGUAUGGUAGAUUUGUCCCCUGAGUAUUCUUUAACACGGGUCCCAAUCCCCGGUCCGUGGACUGGCAGCGGGCCGCAGAAUGCCAGAAACUGGGUCGUGCAAACAAGCAAAGUCCCGCAAAGUCUGCGGGAUGCAAGCAGCAUAUGAAACCAUGACAACUCUGGUCCACAGGAAAACUCUCUCCACAGAACUGGUCCCUGGUGCCCAAAAGGUUGGGGCCUACUACUUUAACACAUUGUUUAGCGUAUGGUGUGAAUUCAGACUUUCUGUAACAAUGAUCUGUUAUUGAGUUAGCUCCAUAUCAGCAUGCUGUUUACAUCAGAACAAAUCCAUCUGCUAUUGAAAAUACCCAACAAUCCAAUUUUCAUCUAUAUUAUCAUUUUGUUGGAGCCAUACAGAUUUAAAAAGAGACUUAUUGGAAAAAUUAGCACACCAGACUGAAGCACAAUUGUUAAACUGUCUUAAAACUGGCUGAGUUCCCACACUGCAGUAAGUCAAACACAGUAUAUGAAUUCUGCAGUUGAAAUCUUGAGUCUUUAAUUUUCAAGGACCUGCUUUAGACAUGGCUAAGUCUGAAUCCAAUCGAGUGUGUUUAAAUAAAGCAUUAACAUAUAUUCCAUUGCAGUGGUGCUUGGUUUUAUUGUUACAAUACUUUUGCCAAUAUAGAAGCCAGAGAGCAUGAGCUGCAUUCUUGAUCUGGAAUAAAAUUGCUCGGUAUAUAAACACAUGACAAGUGAUCAUCAGUUCUCCUUCCUUUCCCAGGAUCUCUUAAUUCUCCAGAUUCAUGAGCUUAGUUAUGCAGUUAAUACCCAGCUGUCUGAAUCUGUAGGAUAAAAAUCCUAAACAGAUAACAGAUGGGAAGAAGAACGCACCUUAUGCAAAAGGCAAAGAUAGCUGAAAAUCAGUUAUUGCUUUUUAAAACUUCAUCCCCUGGGACAUAAUUCAGUAUGGUUCUCUAGGAGAAAAUAAACAAACACGACUUCUGUGCGCAUUAUGAGUUAAAAUAUCCAUUAUCAAGCAAUCUUCGAAUUUGGAUGCCGAGAGCAUAGCUUGCAUUACUAUAGUAUAAUGAUUGCUCAAGUGUUAAGAUAAUCAAAUAAGAUUUGACAGUAUAUAGAAACCCGAGAAAAUUCAUGGAUAGGGACAAUUUUUAAAUUAUGUGAUAUUCAUACAAAAUUGACUGGGUUGAUUACAAAAUACAAGUAGUCCUCAACUUACAACCAUUGUGAUCCAUGAAGUUACAACGGCACUGAAAAGAGUGACUUAUGACCAUUUUCCAUAUAACCGUUGCAGGAUACUUGUGGUCAUGUGAUCAAAAUUGGGCACUUGGCAAUUGCCAUGCUGUUUAUGACGGUUGCAGUAUUCUUGUGAUCACCUUUUCUGAACCUCUGACAAGAAAAACCAAUGGGGGACGACUUCCGGUAUCCGGUGGCAACGGACGUCUGGAAGGCUUCUCCUGCCUCCAGUGUCCGAAUCCGGCCGCCGCCGAGGCCCUUAGGGGCCAGGUGUUCCGAAAAGGACACCUGCCGUACGGACGGCUCGCCAGGGGUCUCCCAGCCGAUAUACAGGACUGGGGGGACCGAUGCUGGCGCGUCCUAGGCUCGGCGGGGUUCGGAGGCCACAGGCCGCGGCCAUUAUUUUGGUCGUCGCCUGGGCCGCUGUGCUCGGUGACACCGGGGCUUUGGAUUUAUAAUUGCAGCAGCCUGGUGGUGAACAGGGAACGGAGAAGAAUUGAGGAAUGA